CAAAUUCUCGCUCUUUCUCGGGCUCGGCCCUCUCCCUUUCUUCCUCUCCAAUGCACCAUCGCUGACUCAACGACGACGGCUUUUCUUUAACAGAGAAAAGGGGUUUCACUACCAAAGCUAAACCCCAACCUUAGACCCAUUCCCACCGCCGAGUCUCUCCGGUAUCAACUUCCAAGAUGGGCAGGCAAAAAGGAGAAGGAGCCAGGAGCAAGGCUCGCCCUUCUAGCAGCAGUCUAGCGGCAUCGCUUUUGCCGUCGGGUUCUACUGCAGCUGUGGGAUUUGGCGGCUAUGUCGGUAGGUCUCGCCUCGAUUCUUCUCUCGCUGGCGAGGAUUCUGUUCCCUUUCUGGAUAUAGAUAGUGAAGUGGCACUUCAUUUGAAGAGGCUUGCGAGGAAAGAUCCGACUACGAAGCAGCUUAAAGCAUUAUCAUCUCUAUCUGAGUUGAUCAAGGAAAAGCCUGGAAAGGACUUAGUGACUGCAAUUCCACAAUGGGCAUUUGAAUACAAAAGACUGUUGAUGGACUAUAAUAGGGAAGUUCGGCGAGCAACUCAUGACACAAUGACCAACCUUGUAACUGUUGUCGGAAGAGACUUAGCUCCACAUCUCAAGUGUUUAAUGGGGCCAUGGUGGUUGUCUCAAUUUGAUUCAGUUUUUGAAGUUGCACAAUCUGCAAAGAGGUCAUUACAGGCAGCUUUUCCAGCAUCGGAAAAGAGACUAGAUGCUUUAAUUCUGUGCACAUCAGAGAUUCUUAUGUAUUUAGAAGAGUGUUUAAAGCUCACGCCAAAAGACAUGUCUGAUAAAGCAGCUGCUUUGGAUGAAGUAGAGGAAAUGCAUAAUCAGAUAAUAUCUUCAUCAUUGCUGGCAUUGGCUACCCUCCUUGAUGUCUUGGUCGGUGUUCAAUUAGAAAGGUCAAGUUCUGACACUGAGAGUGUAGCUGCUCAACCAAAGAAUGCUUCAAGGGCUAGGCUGGUUGCUACCUCCUUUGCUGAGAAGUUGUUUGCUGCUCAUAAUUGCUUCUCAGACUUCUUAAAAUUUCAGAGUGCUGCAAUUCGUUCAGCUACAUAUUCAGUGUUAAGGAGUUUCGUUAAAAAUGUUCCUCAUAUUAUUAAUGAUGGCAAUAUGAAAUCUGUCGCUGGAAUAAUACUAGGUGCCUUUCAGGAGAAAGAUCCUGCUUGUCAUUCAUCAAUGUGGGAUAUGAUUUUGCUAUUCUCUAAAAAAUUUCCUGAUAGUUGGACAUCAUUAAAUGUUCAGAAAACUAUUUUACAUCGCUUUUGGCAUUUUCUUAGAAAAGGGUGCUUUGGAUCCCAGCAGGUUUCUUAUCCAGCUUUGGUUUUAUUCUUAGACUAUGUGCCACCGAAAGCAGUAGUUGGGGAGAAUUUUUUUCUUGACUUUUUUCAGAACUGCUGGGCAGGAAGGAGCCUUUCCAAUUCAUCAACUGCCGAUAGAUUAUCAUUUUUUGCAGCAUUUAAGGAGUGCUUUCUUUGGGCAUUGCAUAAUGCUUCUAGGUAUUAUGAUGGAGUGGAUUCAAUUUGUCAUUUUCGAGUCACACUUAUUGAGAACGUUCUGGUAAAGAUUUUGUGGCAGAACUAUUUUUCCUACAUUGGCUCGAUUGAACAGCAGUAUUUAUCUAAGGACAGUGGUUUUCCCUUGAGCAAGACAUUAGAAGCAUCCAAUGUCCAUUAUUCCAUUAGUUAUUUGCAAGAUUUGAAGAACUGCAUAAUUGACAUCCUCUCGGGUAUCUUUGCCUUGGAGGCCGAUUUGCUCUCUGUCUUUUGUAUGGAAUUUCAGAAAAAUUGCUUGGGUUUAUUUCAACUUCCAUUGAACAUAGAUCCGGCAAAUGAAAGUGUAGAACGGGUCAUUCAAUUUAUUAUUUUAAUAGGACAACAUGCAUCACAGAAAGGUGAAACUUGGCCUCUGGUUUAUGUAGUGGGACCAAUGUUGGCCAAAUCCUUUCCACUGAUAAGAUCACUUGAUUCACCAGAAGGUGUGAAACUUCUCUCAGUUGCUGUUUCUGUAUUUGGGCCACGCCAGAUUGUGCAAGAACUUUUUGUUCACAAUAAAGAGCAUUCCUUUAGUCCUGAUGAUCGGGUGGAUAGAAUGUUGGAGGCUGGUAAAUUUAUACAAAUAUUUAAGGAUUAUUUUGUUCCCUGGUGUUUACACGGUUAUGAUAGGUCAACAAGUGCUCGACUCGAUCUAUUGCUUGCAUUGCUUGACAAUGAAUGUUUUUCCGAGCAGUGGUCUGCUGUUAUCAUGUAUGCUAUUAACCUAGAAGAUUCUAGAACUUCAUUUGAGCCUAUAGAUUCAGACCAAAUAACCAUUUUGGCACUACUUCUAGAGAAAGCAAGACAUGAAAUUACAAAAUGGAAGAAGAAUGAAGAUUGCAGACACUGGAUAGCUGCAGAGCAAGAGCACUGGCACUCUGAGCCUCUAGAAUCAAUUGCUAUUGCUUUAGCCUGUUCCCCAUUGACCUAUGGGACAUCUAAUUCUCGAUUUCUGUGUGCUGUUCUAGGUGGUUCAACUGAAGGCGACCUUACUUCCUUUGUUUCUAGAAAUGCAUCAAUCCUGAUUUUUGAUGAAAUUUUGAAGAAGUUACUUUCUUUUAUCCUUGAGUCAUCAUUUGAUUGGGUUAGAGAUGCCGGCUCCAUGUUAACUGCCCGGGCAGCCAAUUCUGGGUUAGAAUCUAAGAGUUCUGCUAGCAUGAAAGAGAUGUCUCAUUUUGCUCUUCAAGUACUUGAUGGUAGUUUUUUUUGCUGGAAGACACUCAUUGAGGAUAGUGAGUUAGUGCCAGGAAUUUUAGGUGCAGUUUUAGUUAUUGAUUGGGAGUAUAGCUUGACAAAGUCAUUUGAUUACGUUGCUGAGAAUAAUGAAACUAUUAUAGAAUAUAAGGCCAGGCUGGACUUUGGUGAUUCUGUUCAUGCCUUUUGCUGUAAGAGAAAUAAGCAAUUUCGGAAAGGCCUUGACAUAAACAAUCUGCAGAGAUUAUGGAGUAUCCUGAUUCAGUGCAUUAGGUCCUUCAUCUUUAAUGAAUAUAAAUUAAAGACAGAGUUUAUCACUUCUUUGUGCUGCUCAUGGAUACUUGAUUUUUUUAGUUGUUUCUGUCAAGGUCAGCUGGAAGAACAAGAUCUGUUAGAAAAACUUCUUUGUGAAAAUGAUAUGUGGCCUUUGUGGAUUGUUCCUGACUUUAGCGGCCCAGAGCAAUUAGUUCUCAGAAAAGCAUCUGUUAGUGCUCAUGAUUCAGGUCAUUGCAAGUUUGUUUCCUUCAUUGACAAGCUUGCAUUUAAAUUUGGGAUUGAUAAGGUUCUUACCGGUUAUAGAAAGCUUGAACUCUCGCCCUCAGAAGAGACAACACAUGAAGAAGUUACUGCUCGAUCCUGGCUUGCUGCUGAAAUAUUGUGCACCUGGAAAUGGCCUGGAGGCAGUGCUCGAGACUCUUUCUUACCUUUACUGUGUGAAUAUGCCAAGAAUAAUACUUCUCCUUCAAAGGCGACCUUGUUAGACUCUAUUUUCAUCAUUUUACUUGAUGGUGCUCUUGUGCAUGGAGGCUGUGGUGGACUGAAUUUUGUCAGUCCAUGGCCUGCUUUAAAUGAUGAAGUAGAGCAUAUUGAAGAACCUUUUCUGAGAGCUCUUGUAUCUUUCCUUUCAACUUUGUUCAAGGAAAAUAUAUGGGGAGCAUCCAAUGCAAUCAAGCUGUUUGAACUGGUUGUUAAUAAGCUUUAUAUUGGUGAAGCAAUAAAUUUGAACUGUCUGAGGAUUCUUCCUUGGCUUGUUAAUGUUUUACUUCAGCCACUGUGUGAUAGUAGAUCUGGUAAAGCUGAUAGAGAUGCCCAACAUGAUUCUUCAUGGGAAAAUCGCAUCCAAGACAUCAUUACUGGUUGGCUCCAAAAAACUAUUCAGUUCCCUCCUCUGGUCAUGUUGGAAACAGGGCAAGGUGUAGAAGAUUGGUUUCAGUUGGUUAUAAGUUGUUAUCCUUUUUUUGCAAUUGGGGGCAUACAAGAACUGAAUCUGGGGAGAAUUAUUAGUCCAUUGGAGAGGACUCUUUUACUUGAAUUGUUCCACAAACAGAGACAUGGUGUUGGCACAUCAAGUAUAUCUAAUAUGCCACCAGUGGUACAGCUGCUGCUAUCAAAGCUAAUAGUAGUUUCAGUUGGUUAUUGCUGGAAAGAAUUUAAUGACGAAGACUGGGAGUAUGUUUUAUUUCAAUUAAGGCGCUGGAUUCAAUCAUCUGUUGUUCUGAUGGAGGAACUUGCUGAGAGUGUGGAUGAAAGUGUCACUAACAACUUUACUUUAGAUAACAUGGAUGAUGAUCUUAAAAAGCUUGAGCAAAUUGCUUUAAUUACAGACCCUUUUCCAUUUGAUAUUGCUAAAAAUGCCCUUCUAUCAUUUUCUCUAUGUUGUGGACCUUUUGGAAUUAAACAAUUAAAUGAUGCAGAAAAUAUAAAUCCUCUUGGAACAGAAAGAUGGAACCCCAUCAAAGAUCGGAUUCUAGAAGGUAUUCUACGAUUGUUCUUCUGCACAGGCAUUGCUGAAGCUGUUGCAAGUUCCUACUGUCAUGAAGCUGCAUCUAUCAUAUCUUCAUCUCGAUUUGCGCACCUCUAUUUCUGGGAGUUAGUGGCCUCGAGUGUUGUUAACUCUUCAGUAAAUGCUAGAGAUAGAGCAGUGAAGUCGGUAGAAUGUUGGGGUUUGAGCAAAGGGCCCAUUAGCUCUUUAUUUGCCAUACUUUUUUCUUCCAAACCAGUCCCUUCAUUGCAGUUUGCUGCUUAUGUUAUUCUUUCAAUUGAACCUGUUUCAAACCUGGCUAUUUUGGAAGACACCACUCACUUAGAUGGUAAUAUUAACAGUGAAGAGGAUUCACGCCCUAUUGAUUUGUCAACGGAAACAAGUGUCCAUUUGAAAAAGGAAAUAGCUUGCAUGAUUGAAAAGUUUCCUUAUGAGGUCCUUGAAAUGGAUUUAAUGGCACAACAACGGGUAAAUGUAUUCCUUGCAUGGUCUUUGUUGCUGUCGUAUUUAUGGUCAUUACCAUCAUCAUCGCCUGCAAGGGAAAGGCUAGUUCAGUAUAUACAAAGUUUUGCUACUCCAGUUAUAUUAGAUUGCAUCUUCCAGCAUAUACCUGUAGAUCUUUGCAUUUCACAGAGUACUAAGAAGAAAGAUGUAGAGCUUCCGGCAGGGUUAUCAGAAGCUGCAAUUGCAGCAACCCGUGCCAUCGGAACUGGUUCGUUAUUGUUUUCCAUAGAGUCUCUUUGGCCUGUUGAACCAGUGAAAUUAGCGUCACUUGCUGGAGCAUUAUAUGGUUUGAUGAUCUGUGUUCUUCCUGCUUAUGUUAGAGAAUGGUUCAGUUGUUUGCGUGAUCGAUCUACAUCAUCUUCAAUUGAAUCUUUCACGCGGGCAUGGUGUAGCCCAAGUCUUAUAGCAAAUGAGUUGUCACAGAUAAAGAAAAAUAAAUUUUCAGAUGAGAAUUUUUCAGUUAGUGUAAGCAAAUCAGCAAAUGAGGCUGUUGCUACCUAUACAAAGGAGGAGACAGGAAUGGACCUAGUUAUUCGGCUUCCUGUUUCUUACCCAUUACGACCUGUAGAUGUUGAUUGUACAAGGAGCCUAGGGAUUAGUGAUGUAAAGCAGAGAAAGUGGUUAAUGUCUAUGAUGUCUUUUGUUCGCAAUCAGAAUGGAGCUUUAGCAGAAGCUAUUGGGAUCUGGAAGCGAAAUUUUGACAAGGAAUUUGAAGGUGUUGAGGAGUGUCCUAUAUGUUACAGUGUCAUCCAUACUGCAAACAACAGCCUUCCUCGUCUUGCUUGCAAAACUUGCAAGCAUAAAUUCCAUUCUGCUUGCCUUUACAAGUGGUUCUCAACUUCUCAUAAAUCAACUUGCCCAUUGUGCCAGUCUCCCUUUUAAAUUGGAUAUUGAAAUUUAGUUGCCGGUUUCGUGGACAUUGCAAUUCCGAUUGAACCUCUUUCUGCAAAAGAAGUUGAUCUUGAUGAAGUUCAAGAAUAAGAAAGUACAAACAUGCAUAUACAAACAAUUUGAAUUAUUAUGCAAAGAAGUUGAUCUUAUUCUGGUUAGACAGUUAAUGAGCUUGGUGGUGCGAACCAGAAUAUGAUGUCUCCCAAGUGAAAAUAUACUUACGGUCCAUAUAUCCAGGUUUUGAGAUCUCCGUUGUUGGUGUUGUAGCUUUAUUUUGGAGAGCAAAUAUAUGCUGAGCUCUUUGCUACAGUAUACUCGCUUUGCGGACACAUGAUAGAUCGAAGUCCUAGCCGUAGUGACUAGAACGUGUUGCUUUGUCUUCUGGCCUUUUUUUUUUCCCGGUUUUCUUGUGAUAUUAAUUUAAGUUAGAAGUGAGAUAUGAAUACCAUAGAAUGGACUGUACAGAUACAGAACGAGUCCUUUUUCAUGUUCUCAACUCAAGUUUUUGCAAAUUAAGUAAUAAUAUUCAUUAUGCUUUA